CCUGUAAGGGAAGCUCAGUCAGCUGUCACAGUCUGAGAGGCGACCAGAGGGACCACAGGCGAGGAGAAACACAACAAGAGCUAAAAAUGUCCACUUUUUCCAGCAUGUUUGGGGCUUAUACGCUGACCCAGCUCCACGAAUUUCUGGAGGACGACGAAAAACUCACCAAAAUGAUCCAGGAGAUGGAUGAGAUGCAGGGGGUCCAGCAGAGCAAGGAAAAGACACUGGCCAACAACCGGACCCUGGCUGAGCAGAACCUCGCCCUGCAGCCACAGCUGGACCACAAGAAAGAGCAGCUCACCAAGAGCUACAGCAAACUUCAGGAGAGCUUUGAGUCCUAUCAGCUUCGCAAGUCCUCCCUAGAUCACAAGUCUGGAAACACAUCCCUGGAUACUUUGCUGGCGCUACUGCAGGCGGAGGGAGCCAAAAUAGAAGAGGAGACAGAGAACAUGGCAGAUUCUUUCCUGGACGGUGACAUGACCCUGGACUCCUUCAUCGACGCCUACCAGAACAAGAGGAAGCUGGCCCACCUGAGACGGGUGAAGAUCGAGAAGCUGCAGGAGAUGGUGAUGAGCGGCCAGCGGCUCCCCCAGGCGUCGGUCCCCACCUCCCGAUCUCAGGACGUGUCGGCAGCGGCCUCCCUCCUCGCCGAGGUUGGCAACGGCUCCUCCCCCGUCGCCCAGCCCAGGAGGAAACCGCCACCGCCUCCUCCAUCCCAGCCAGCCCCCGUUCUGAGUCCGGCUCCGGCCGCUGCCUCCCAGCCUCCUGCCUUCUAUACAGCGUCACCAUACCCGCCGAUUCCUCCCAGAACAGGGCAGCCCUUCCCCAACGCCUCCGGCUACCCCAGUCACUACCUCUCUCAGUACCCCCCCGCUUUGCCUCAGAGGCCCCCGCCUCGCAUGGCCCCGCAGCCCGGCUUCAUCAUGCAGUAAAUAAAAGAAGUUGCCACUCAGAGGAUGCGGUACGUGUCGCGUGGACUUUUCACUACCGGAACUCCUCUGAGAACACUUUUUUUUUUCUCCUACGUCGUCUGCCUUCUUGGAUUACGACCAAUCACGACGCAAGAAGGCAGACCUGCGCCGGCUGGUCUGGUCACUUUCAGCCGAAGCAGAUCUCCAAUAACCUCCGUGGAUUCGCGCUCACUUCUCACUCCCGCCAACACUCCCACCAAAAUAGAAAAAAAAAGAGAGAAUCGGCCUCGACUCUGACGUAGUUAGAGUCCCUUUAACCGAAGAGGCUGCUGCAGGUUGUGGUGAAACUAGUGUCAGUAUGUGGGUCGCUGAGCUGGGACUUGUCAUUUAUCAGCACUUUCUGUCUCUAGUGCCCUCAGCCACAUGUUCCUUACGCUGUCAGGAACACUAAAAUCAUUUUUAAAAAAAGAAGGGGUUUGAUUAGUUAUGUCCAUCUGCAGCAUACUAAUUUAUGAUAAUGUAUAUGCAAGCAAGGAGAGACCCUAAUUACUGUGCAGUUUUGAUCAAAGUAACAUUUCCCAUAAUAUAUUCAGGCAAAAACUGCAUCUAUGCUGUGAUUUUUUUUUUUUUAUAUAUAUGAAAAUUCACAAGGUACAUAGGAAUAUUUGAAUUUCAACACUUAUGAUAUAGUACUAAUGGAUUUAUGUUAAUAAUAGCCAGGAUAGACUGAUUAACAUGUGUAAAGGGGGGUUUGGUUGGCUCCUCUUCAAUAUGUGGAUGAGUCUGUAGAGGGUCCAGACCGGCCCGGUCCAGGGUGGCUGACUGGUCCCUCUCAGGGCAGAGGGGAGCUGAAGGAGAGGACUAGCAGCUGAACUUUUGUAACAGAUGAGCAGGCCUGUUUCACCUCUCAGAAUGAAGGAUUUAUGUAUAGCCAUACAGUACACAUCAGACGUGUUUCACUUUCUGUGGGUUCCUGUUCUGAUCCAACACUCCUCUGUGUCCAUUGUUUUUUUUAACAGCCUCUGCUGGGAUUGGAAAUGAUGCCAACAGUUCUUUGGAUCUCAUACGUUCUGUAUAGUUCUGUUCAGUUUUCUGUCACACUGAGCACCAAAGACUUCCCACGCCAGUCUGUGUUUUUUUUUUUUUGUUUGUUUGUUUUUUUUAAUGUAUGUGAAACAUUUAUUGGGGUUGUCUGCCAUCAUUCCCAACAUAUCUGUUUGUGAUGCUGAAACACUAUUUUAACAUAAGACUGGAUAUAGAAGAUGGAUGCAGCCACAGUGAUGCUACACAUUAGUGGGCUGCUGUUUUGAAGCCUGGAGUUUGGCAUUCGGCCGUCGCCAUCUUGGUUUCCGUGGUGAACUGAUCAUAUUCAGACAUGAGGGAGCAGCUGGAAAAGAGCGAAGGUGGAUAUGACUAAGAACCAGGAUAGCUUGUUAUUCACUGAUGUCAGUCACCAGACAUGCCAAUCUAGUCAGACAUGUUCCCACAUAUACCUCUCUCUGUGGCAUAAUAUAUUAAUUAUAGAAGUAUAUAGAAACUAAGACACUGAUCAGAAGCCGCACUUAAUGACAUCAAAAUAACUUGAGGGAAGAAUUUAUUGACUUAAUACUUUUAGAGAGAAUCAUUUGAAGUUUAUUUGAGCCAGAGCUUUUCUAGACCCAAGAUGUGACUAUCGCUUUGACCUCACUUUUCAGACCUGGUGGCCACAUCCAUCUUUUAUAUACAGUCUAUGUUUUGGAAACAUGCAAGCCACGAGACCUCAAGAGGAACUUGCAAGGUCAAACUGGCUUUGGCAGCAGAUUUCUUUCUGGUGCGAUUUCAAACUUUACCUUUUUCCUUCCGUCUGCUGUCGAUGUGCACUGUUGAAGAGCCACGAGUGCCUACACUUGAAGUGACGUUGAUCACGUCCUGCUGACUACUCCAUGUUUUUCUAUGCUCAGCUGUAGAUGUUAGAGCCCCCGCCCCAACUCUUAAGAUAAAAAAAACUGACCUAGCGUCAGCCUGUCAGUCUGUCAGCGAUAGCAGGAAGCCAAUACUUACCAUGUGCCAGAGAGACGAGAGACACCCCCGGGCUGUGUGUCUAGUGGUGCUUGUACUUCUCUUCCAUUGCCUGGGGUGAAUUCACACGUUUUUGCAUGUGAUGCUGUUACUCUUUUUUAAAAUCAGAAAACUAACAGGGCUCUGAAAUGUUUGGUGUCAUAUCUCUGCGAUAUACUUCACCUCGAGGUGAAGAAAUGGACAAAACAUCCACGACAGCUGGCAACACUCCAUUAAAAAAAAAAACAUAAAAAAGGAAGCUAAGACGUCAAGUUAUUGAUGAACCAGCAUUUCUAACUAUUAACAGUGGAUAACUCUUUCGUGCAUGGCCUUUGCUCUUUGUGUUCAGUCGAGAUUCCUUUUUACUACUUUUUUUUUUGUUUUUGUUUUUUUUAGCUAUCAAGCUGCUUAUUAUGUUUGAACUGAUCCUCUGCAUCCAUGGUUUUAUAUGUGGUUGGUGAUAUUUUCAGUGUAAUGUUGUAGGUAUUUACUUAUAAUGAAUGUUUAAGUGGAAUUUAAUGCUAUUUUCAAGUUCAAUAAAUCUCAAUUGUUUUUGUA